AUGUGUGAGCACAAUCUUGUUAGUUCUGGCUAUGUUGCUCCCCUCUUAAAUUUUCACUCCCCAGACUCAUUGUACCUUCAAAAUUUGCGUAGCAAUGGAGCCCAUCUCUCCGGGCUUCAGCAGAUAUCCUACGGUAGAAGAGAGGUGUGCUCGCUCCCGUGGAGUUCUCCAAAUUCGUGCACCACGCCGGGCCAGAGCCGCGCCUACAGUGGCUACGCUCAGCCGUUUUUCAGCAAUUCAGCCGCUGUGGGCGCUAGCCUCAACAACCACAACAAGAGCUCGCUGGAGGAAUCCGGGAGGUAUUACUUCCAAGAUGUCAGCCACAAAUCAGGGGAGCCAGGUCGAUCGAGUGCAGCGUUAGCAAGCGAGUCUGCCAGCAAGUAUGGCAUUUCUGACUUGGAAAGGCGACAACAAAACAGAGUUGUACAUAAUACGCUGAACUCCACUGAUCAGCCUGAUGGAACCAAACAGUCUGUCAGCUCCGACGCUCCAGUUCAGCCAUCACAGAGUAUUACCUUCUCCGACGGAUUACCAUGGUGUCCUACACAGGUGAGAUCCAGAAAAAAGAGAAAACCUUACACGAAGCCACAGCUAGCCGAACUGGAAAACGAAUUUAUGAUAAAUGAAUUUAUAAACCGACAGAAACGAAAGGAACUUUCGGACAGAUUGGAACUGAGCGACCAGCAAGUGAAAAUUUGGUUUCAGAAUCGCAGGAUGAAGAAAAAAAGACUUUUGAUGCGCGAGCAUUCCUUUACCAUGUACUAGGAACAAUGAAAACAAUUUUAGGAUUUGUUUAAUGACAUUUUCGUAUUCAAACAAGAGACUUUAUUUCUGAAUGAGAUUCAAAUCCACCAGUGGCCAAUAGAUGAUAAGUCGGAUUAACCACCAUAUGAAGCCUAAUCUACAACAAUAUCAAGAUAAUUAUUUUAAGGUUAAUAUUUAUUUAUCACAGAGUUGCUGAAUUUGUAUGUGUCUGCUGGAUGUUUUGUGAAUUAAAAUUAUUCUAAAGUAAAAUCAGCUUGCUUUAACAGAUCCUAACAUACAAGAAAGAAUGCUUUGUAGUUUAGCAAAAUAUCACAUUAAUUGUAUAAACAUACUGAAUAUAAAGAAUUGAAUAUACUGAAUAUAAGAAUAUUGAAUAUAAAACAUGCGUUUUGCCAGCAUUUGAAACUGCAAGAAGUAAUCGGCAGCUAACAUUACGGGGUAAACUACAUUUUCAAAAAUGUCCCAACCUUUCGAGUAAUCAAACCUAAUUUGUAUAGCGAGAAAUUCAAAUGUAGUUCUGGCAUUUUAUACUUAAGUAUUAUGUAUAAUAUUUAUUAAGUGUGCUGUGAAUUCUGAAUACCAUUAAACCUUUGGCAUUCUUGUACGAUAUUUUUGGGAUUUGUGGCUUUUAAUUCAGUGGGUGAUUCCGACACGCUCCAACAAGAAACAAAACAGGAGCGCCUAGUGAGUCAUACGUCCAAGCUCAAGUUCGUUUAUGGCAAUGCACAAAUUAAAUUUUGUGAACACCUCUGUCCAUUAAGAAUUGUAGUAAAUCAAA